AUGAAUACAGUAAAAUCUUUCUGGGUUGGCUGGGGCUCAUUAAUAGUUGGUGGCGGAGCGGCCUACUAUUUUGCCAAACAGUCCAUUGACGCCGACAGACGAGAGAAGCACAUGCAACGUAUCAUGCUCAAGAAACGCAACGAAGAACUCGAAAAUUCUGGGCAUCCGAUUCCCACACAAAGCGAAAGCCCUCGCGAUCAUCUCGCAGCCCAGUUAUCGGAAUUACAAGAACCGGCACCGACAAGACAUACGCCAGAUAAUGAAGAAGAAAGGGUGACAUCGAAAAGUAAAUUCGAGGCCACCCAGCCAUACAAAGCAAGAAGAGGUGACAGAUUUAGCUGA